GCUCCUGCGGGUGCGGGCGGGGCAGCAAUUCUAAGGCUGGCGCGCGCGUGGGCCAGGUCUUCAGUGCUUGCUGAGUACCGGAGCGUCCGGCGUCUGUCGAUCUCCUCAUCAUGGGUGACAAUGACUCUUCGAGCUCCAGCAGCUGCUUUCCGAAGUACCUGAAGCACCUCUCUGGAGAUGGCAAAGCCAUCGGUGUCCUGACCAGCGGCGGGGAUGCCCAAGGCAUGAAUGCUGCUGUCCGUGCUGUAGUGCGCAUGGGAAUCUACACAGGGGCCAAAGUGUACCUUAUAUAUGAGGGUUACCAAGGCAUGGUGGAUGGAGGCUCCAAUAUUGUGGAAGCCAAAUGGGACUGUGUCUCCAGCAUUCUACAAGUGGGUGGGACCAUCAUCGGCAGUGCGCGUUGCAAAGCCUUUCGCAGCCGUGAAGGGCGCCUGAAAGCUGCCUGUAACUUGGCGCGCUUGGGCAUAACCAAUCUGUGCGUAAUCGGUGGGGAUGGAAGUCUCACAGGAGCCAAUCUUUUCCGGAAGGAGUGGACCGGACUUCUGGAAGAGCUGGUUCAGAAUGGUGAGAUCGAUAAAGACACACUGCAGAAGCACUCCUACCUCAACGUGGUGGGCAUGGUGGGCUCCAUUGACAAUGACUUCUGUGGCACAGACAUGACCAUUGGUACAGAUUCAGCUCUGCACCGAAUUAUUGAAGUUGUUGAUGCCAUCAUGACCACUGCCCAGAGCCACCAGAGGACUUUCGUCCUGGAGGUGAUGGGGAGACACUGUGGUUACUUGGCCUUGGCAAGUGCCUUGGCUUGUGGUGCCGACUGGGUGUUCCUUCCAGAGUCUCCACCAGAGGAAGGUUGGGAGGAAGACAUGUGCCUCAAACUCUCAGAGAACCGUGCCCAAAAAAAGAGGCUGAAUAUCAUCAUUGUGUCUGAAGGAGCAAUUGACACCCAAAAUAAGCCAAUCACCUCUGACAAAAUCAAGGAGCUUGUGGUGAAACAUUUGGGCUUUGACACCCGAGUCACCAUUCUUGGACAUGUCCAACGAGGAGGGACUCCUUCUGCAUUCGACAGGAUUUUGGCCAGCCGUAUGGGAGUGGAGGCUGUCAUUGCCUUGCUGGAAGCUACUCCCGAGACCCCAGCCUGUGUCGUGUCACUAAAUGGAAACCAAGCUGUGCGCCUGCCUCUGAUGGAGUGUGUGCAAAUGACCCAGGAUGUACAGAAGGCAAUGGAUGAAGGGAGAUUUAAGGAAGCUGUAAAACUCAGAGGAAGGAGUUUUGAGGGAAACCUGAACACCUACAAGCGUCUUGCCAUUAAGCUUCCUGAUGACAAGAUCGUCAAGAGCAAUUGUAAUAUAGCCAUCAUCAACGUAGGGGCACCUGCCGCCGGGAUGAAUGCAGCCGUGCGCUCCGCUGUUCGCGUCGGAAUUGCAGAUGGCCACAAGAUGUUUGCCAUCUAUGACGGCUUUGACGGCUUCGCCAAUGGCCAAAUCAAAGAAAUCAGCUGGGGAGACGUUGGAGGUUGGACGGGACAAGGAGGGUCCAUUCUUGGGACGAAACGCACCCUACCCGGAAAGUACCUGAAGAAGAUAGCAGAACAGAUGCAUUUCCAUAGCAUCAAUGCUCUCCUGAUCAUUGGCGGAUUUGAGGCCUACCUGGGACUCCUAGAGCUGGCAGCUGCCCGGGAGAAACAUGAGGAGUUCUGUGUCCCCAUGGUUAUGGUUCCUGCUACUGUCUCCAACAAUGUGCCGGGUUCCGAUUUCAGCAUCGGGGCAGACACGGCUCUGAACACUAUCACAGACACAUGUGACCGCAUUAAACAGUCGGCCAGUGGGACCAAGCGCCGGGUGUUCAUCAUUGAGACCAUGGGCGGAUACUGUGGCUACCUGGCCAACAUGGGGGGACUUGCAGCGGGAGCUGAUGCUGCCUACAUCUUUGAAGAGCCCUUUGACAUCCGAGAUUUGCAGUCCAACGUCGUGCACUUGACGGAGAAAAUGAAGUCCAGCAUCCAGAGGGGCCUCGUACUCAGAAACGAAAACUGCAGUGUAAAUUACACCACUGACUUCAUCUAUCAGCUCUACUCAGAGGAGGGGAAGGGAGUGUUUGACUGCAGGAAAAACGUGCUGGGACACAUGCAGCAGGGGGGAGCACCUUCUCCAUUCGAUAGAAACUUUGGAACCAAAAUUUCUGCCAAAGCUAUGGCGUGGAUCUCCGCGAAACUGAAGGGGUCAAUGGGCACAGGGAAAAAAUUUGUUAGCGAUGAUUCCAUUUGUGUCCUGGGAAUUUGCAAGAGAGAUCUCCUGUUCCAACCAUUGGCAGAGCUGAAGGAUAAAACUGACUUUGAGCACCGUAUCCCCAAGGAGCAGUGGUGGCUGAAACUGCGGCCGAUCAUGAAGAUCUUGGCCAAAUAUGAGGCAAGCUACGACAUGUCCGAUUCAGGCAAGCUGGAGCCCUUGCAGCACCACCACCAGGAAGAACUAUCGGCCAUCUGAUCUCGUUAUGCCAUCACCUGACCUGCACACUUAUCUAGGGAAGCCUGUAAUGUUCUCCAGGGACCAUCCUUUUCUGUAACAUAAUUAUUUAUCAGCACUUUAUGCAAGAAUUGUUGACCAGGUAUUGUCAGCAGUAAUAAUCAGAGAGCACCACUUGCCAUAACCAUUGACACAGCAGACCCUAAGACAUAAAACCCAGCUUCACACGCUUGUUCAAGUGUCAGUUUUCUACUGUAUGGGGUACUGUCUUGUGCUUUACCAUGUGUGUGUCUUGUGGGAUUAAACAUUUGGUUACAACUCCCAUGGUACUUGGUUUAUUAAGUAGGAGCCUGAAACCUCAAGAUGAUUUUUUUCCCCAUGCCACCGAAGGUUUCCUUAGCAGUUUCGUGGUCAGAGUUUAGCAGGGACCCUGCAAAUACAAAGUCUUAAGAGGAGAGGAAAGAAGACACAGUGUCAGCCACCAGCUAUGUGUCAUUUAGUCAGCAUGCACUCCUCUGUGGCUAUACUGAAAGUCCAUGGAUGGUGUGUGAUGGGUCAGGGGAUCUGAGUUUGACCCUCAUGGACAUGUUACUCGCAGAGACAGACAAAUCUCUUGAGUGUGGCCAGCCACCCUAGUCUGCUUAGUGACUCCAGGCCAGCAAGGGAACCUGUUUCGAAAAUCAAGAGAAAAAACAAGGUGGAUGCUACCUGAUGAAGUCUCCUAGCCUAUGCAUAUGUAUGCAGACUAUCUUUUCUCAGUCUCACCUCCACCCCUUCCCCCCAACCCCCAACUCACACACAUAUGCACACACUGGCCUGGGACCUAAGCAUGGUGAUUACCUGGCCUUAACACUGACAGACCAUACAUGUGAGAAGAUUAUUAACUCCAAGUUUAUGAUGUUAGUUAUUUUAGGGGUAGCCUGGAAUUUGCUUUGGUAGACCAGACCAACUUUGAGCUGGCAGAGAUCCUACUGUUUCUGCCUCCCAAGUGCUAGGAUUAAGAUGUACUUCACUACUCCAAGCCAGGUUUAUGAUCUUUUCAAAUCAGGUCACAUACAGAAUUUUAAAAGGACAAGUUUAAACUAGUGAUUCUCAAUUUCAACCUUGGUUGUACACCAAAGCUGCCAAGGUUCAGAAGGACAAUCUGGUAUCGGCCUCUUCAUCAAAAGCAGCCAGCAUGCUGGGUUUUCACCCUCUGGAAGAUUUUAACUCGCUGUUUAGGGUUAAUGAUGGGGUCUGUGGCAAAAGCUCAUUCACUCUACUCCACAAUGCCCCUGAUGAGCUGAUCGGCAGGGCAAAGCAGCCCUGCCUCUUGUCACUAGUCUGUGUGUUCUCACUUCUGCCUAAAGGCAUCCUCUAGAUAUCCACACAGCAGAAAUAAGGAAAUCUUUACAGAGAAAAAGGAUGACUAAAUGUUGUUAGUUGUGUUUGAGGAUAAAUAAAUGAAACAGACGAUCAGUUUUCUUUCUGUCCCAGUAAAGACAGGGCAAAAGCUUGAGGUAACAACGUAACCAGGCUUGUGGAUGCUCACAGGAUGGCUCUGUGGAGCUCCGCAUCUACAUUCUCCUUCAGGCCUGCGGGGUGACCACACAACCACCAUGCAAAGCUCUACACUUCUUGUAUUUAUCCUAAAUGAUCUAUUUGCUCUUAGUGUUUCUGUGUAUGAAUGUUUUGCCUACAUGCGUGUCUGUGCACCAGAUGCAUGCAUGCAGUGCUGGUAGGAUCUUGAAGAGGACAUGAGAUCCCUGGAAACUUCAGUUCCGAUGGUUCUGAGCUGCUAUUUAAAAGCUAACAACCCAGACCUGGUCUCUUGCAAGAGCAACAAGUGCUUUUUAGCUGCUAAGCCAUUUUUCUUAAAUGAAGGUCUAACCAUUAAUUUUAAUGUAGUAAGUUACUGUUUGAAAUAAUGACUAAAGCCCAGGCAGGCUGCAGUUGGUUUUUAUAUUUAAAAUAAAUGUUCUAAGCUUAGUAAUGUUUCAGAAGUUUAAUUUGUUCAUUGUUGCCAUUUAAUGCAUGAUUAAUGAAUUUCUUCAUGGUUACAGUAUUUCCUUAAGAGUUUCUGCCCAGCUUGCCAGUCAAUAAACAUCUUUGGUUGGAUUUU